AUGGCUGGGCAGAAGCUUCUGUUGGUGUUGACAAUCCUCAUCUCCACUUGCAUAUUCGCUCUUUGCUGGGGGUUCAUGAUUGUAAUUUGGCGUCAAACAUAUGUGAUUCUCCCCGACUUCGUCGUCGACCUCAUCAUAGGAUACCCUACUGAACUCACCCUCGUAUCCACUGUGAUAUCCACGAUUCUGUCAGUAAUCACCACGUUUCUUUUAUCGUUCGCUGUCAAAAAGGCAAUCAACCAUUAUAUUACUCGACCAAUAUCACUGGUCGAACUUCAUACCGCAAUAGCUCUCACCAAACCACAACCCCUUCUUCGAUGGGAUCAUUACAAACUCUCAAUUUUCACGUUGAUUUUUGUCUGUUUGGUUGCGCUCCUCAAUUCAAGCUGGACGACAUUACUAUUGCCGACACUGCUUUCGUGGCCUGUACCGAUCAACGGCACAGAUCUGGACCUCGGAAGCAGCGCCUUCAACCUGAAACUAGGUAAUGACACUAAUGAAUUUGGAGAUUACACGAAAGGUUGGGAUCUCCUCGUUAUUAUGGCGUCAAUGAGCGGGACUUUAGCCACGGCUUCGGCUGUUGCAGGCGGAGAUAAAAGUGUCUUCGCCUUCAACGGUGUCUUGUACACCGAAUCCAGUAGUGGCAUCCUUCCGGCGGUCGAAGGUUAUGCAGGCACGACAUUGCCCCCUGGUGAAUAUAUUGGUCUUGAGUACUACGGUGGAAAAGUCGCGGUCAAUACAUCGCCCGCCAAUCCAUCGCUCGUCAAAGGACGUUACGGACUUGCUAGAAAUUAUACAGUGAUACAACAAGGUCUUUCGGCGACUAUUACCUGCAGUGACCUUGACACAAACGAGUACUCGCUGAGCUUUACACCUUUCAAUACGUCAAAUACAACUUGGUGGCAAGGGACAGGUUAUUGUUCUUCUCUCGGCAGUAAUACCAACUAUUGGUCGACGGAGAACAAUAUUGAUGAAAUGAGUUUUCUCGGUAUUCUUCUCUGUCCCAUUCCGGCCACAAUCGCGAGUGCUAAUGUCACAUCAUUCGACAUCGUCCUGCAGGGCAUGGGACAAUAUAAUUUCUUGGCUCAAACAGUCUGCACGGUAGCACCGUAUGUGGCUUUGUUUGAUGUGACAUACAACCAGGGAAUGAUCUCUGUCGGUCAACAACCAUAUCUUCCCACCCAGCAACUCCAGACCAACAUGAACCGGCUGGCUAGCUCUAGUCAGACGACGGCCACUAACCCUUUGGGGCAGUUGCUUCAGCUUAGCGAAAUAAACACUACGACUACGGUGCAUGAAACCUUGCAGAACUACUUCCGCGGCGUUGUAGAGUUUUCUGCCACAUACCUUCGUUCUGCAUACUCUGCAGAAGGUGCCAAUAUGAGUUCAACGAUGCAGGACUUGUACUCGAACAAUACAGCUUUCACAUCCCUGAAUGGAACAAUGUUUGUCACGACCUACGGCUGGUACAGAGGACGCCCUACAUACAUCUAUGUUCUCAUUGUCUUCACGGUCAUCUGGGUGGUCACUGUUUCAGCUGCGGUGUACAGUCUGAUUCAGGACUGUAUUCACCCACGCACCGGUCCCAUUUUUGAUGCGUCGAACCCAGUCCAUCUGAUGAUGGCAUCUUCGGCGGGGGGACUAGAAGCGCUCGCAAGAUUUGAAGAUAACGGAGCUUUGGAGAAUGAACAUGCACGAGUGCGUCUUCUAGAUGGUCGAGGUGUCACAGUGGCACCUGAUGAUGCAGUGGGAGAGAAGGCAUCCGCUCCGCCUACUAGACCGACAAUGCCGCGGUUCGAGAUUGUACCGUAG